CUGUUCCCCGUUCAUAUGAAGGCACCGCAGCCUGAGUUGGAUUUUCGGAGUGAAAAGGUUAACGCCUCCUGUGAAAUUUUCUACCAGCGAGGUUAUCGCUGGCUUCAGGUCAUGAUCUUUGCAGUGGAGGAAAUCAACAACAGCUCGCAUCUCCUGCCCAACUUCACCCUCGGUUAUCUGGCAGCUGAUACCUGCCUGGCAGAGAGCACCACUCUGUUAGCAGCUCUGGCUAUGGUAUCUGGACAGGAAGUUCAUCUGGCAAACUCAGAAUGUGGAUCUGUACCUACAGUGCCAGUGAUUGUCGGUGAUGCUCGCACAUCAUCCUCUAUUGUUGUUGCAAACACCCUCGGGGUGUUUGAUAUACCCAUGGUGAGCUACUUAGCCUCCUGUGAGUGUUUGAGUGAUAAGAGGAGGUAUCCGCUCUUUUUCCGCACCAUGACCAGCGAUGUUGCACAAGCCCAGGCUAUGGCUGAGCUGCUGCGUCUGAUGGGGUGGACCUGGGUGGGGCUUGUAUCUGCGGAUGAUGAUUUUGGCAGAUCUGGGAUUCAGAUGUUAGUUGAUGCACUCAGGGGAACCGAAGUGUGUGUUGCUUACCAUGAAGUGAUUCCAGAGGGCUAUUCAAAGACAGUGAUAAAAAGGAUUGUUGAAACCAUCCAGAAAUCCACUGCCAGAGUUGUGGUGACAUUUCUUAUAGGUCAGGAUGCAAAGGCUUUGUUUGAUGAAGUGGUGCACAGGAAUAUAACAGAUAAGCAGUGGAUUGCUACUGAUGCUUGGGUUACGUAUGGCUCUGUCUCAGUUCCUCGCAACACUCUCUCAUUGGCUGGGACAAUUGGGUUUGCUGUGAGGAAGGCUGAUAUCCCUGGACUGGGAGCCUUUCUGACUCGUGUGAAUCCAGGCCUGAGUGACCCUUUCUUGAAGGAACUCUGGGAAACAGUGUUUGGAUGCUCUCUUAGUGCUGGCCAGAAGGGGACAUCAUGCUCAGGCUCAGAGGUCCUAGGCAUUGGAGAGAGUGUGUACACAGAUGUGUCUCAGCUAAGAUUCACUUAUAAUGUCUACAAAGCUGUGUACGCCAUCGCCCAUGCAAUAAAAGACAUGUUGGCCUGUGAGCCUGGAAAAGGUCCCUUCCUAGACGGCCAGUGCCCUGAUGUCCAGAGGCUGCAGCCUCUGCAAAUAGCCCACUACCUGCGAGAAGUGAACUUUACAACACCUUUGAAGGAAUGGAUGAACUUUGAUGAAAACGGAGACCCACCCGCUUCAUAUGAUAUCAUCAACUGGCAUGUGACAACUCAAGGGACAAUAGAGUUUGUCACUGUUGGUCAUUUUAUGUCCUCUCAGGGGUCAACUUUUCACAUUGACAUGGACAGAGUAGUGUGGGGAGGAGGCAGCGGACAUAAGGUGCCUGUGUCUGUAUGUAGCAACCCUUGCCCUCCUGGUACAAGGAAAGCUGUGCAGAAGGGGAGACCUGUGUGCUGCUUUGACUGUCUGCCUUGUGCUGAUGGAGAAAUCAGCAAUGAAACAGGAUCAGUGGAGUGUAUUCGGUGUCCUGAGCGUUUCUGGUCAAACUCAAACAACACAGUCUGUGUUCCCCGGCAGGUGGAUUUCCUUUCUUACAACGACACCAUGGGAAUUGUUCUCUCCAUCCUCUCAGCUGUUGGGGCAGCACUGACAACUGCCACAUAUGCCACCUUCCUUUACCACCGACACACACCACUGGUGCGAGCCAACAACUCAGAGGUGAGCUUCAUGCUCCUGCUGUCUCUCAAGUUGUGCUUCUUAUGCGCGCUUGCUUUCAUUGGGCAGCCACUGGCUUGGUUAUGUAUGUUAAGACAUACGCUGUUUGGAAUUAGCUUUGUGCUGUGUAUCUCCUGCCUGCUGAGUCGCACUGUGGUGGUCCUGGUGGCCUUUCGAUCCACACUGCCAGGGGAGAACCUGAUGCGUUAUGUUGGUCCUGCUCAGCAGAGGGUGGGAAUCUCCAUCUGCACCCUGGUACAGGUGCUGAUUUGUGGGCUGUGGCUGACCCUGGCUCCUCCUCAGCCUACAGAAAGAGACAUUGUGGACAACUGGGGACCCAAGAUAAUUCUUGAAUGUGCUACGGGCUCCGUGGUAGGCUUCUCCUUUGUCCUGGGUUACAUCGGCUUGCUGGCCUGUGUCUGCCUCCUCCUGGCCUUCCUAGCAAGGAAACUGCCUGACAACUUUAAUGAAGCCAAACUGAUCACCUUCAGCAUGCUGAUCUUCUGCACUGUGUGGGUGGCCUUUGUGCCCGCUUACAUUAGCUCUCCUGGGAAAUACGCUGUUGCAGUGGAGAUUUUUGCCAUUCUGGCCUCAAGUUAUGGCCUUUUGUUCUGUAUCUUUGCCCCAAAGUGCUUUGUGAUUCUUCUGAGGCCUGAGAGGAACACCAAAAAACACCUGAUGGCCAGAUAGAUAAGUUAAUAGA